CCCAAUAAAGUGGCAGCUGUAAUCUUUGACAAUGGAUCCGGGUUAUGCAAGGCAGGUAUCGCAGGUGACAGUGCUCCAAGGUCAGUUAUUACAGCAAUUGUUGGUCGCUCAAAAGCCAAAGCUACAAUGCUGGGAGCCGGACAAAAAGAAUAUUAUAUUGGAGAAGAAGCUCAGUCCAAAAGAGGGGUCCUAUCUUUGAAUUAUCCAAUCGACCAUGGCAUAGUUACAUCCUGGGAUGACAUGGAAAGGAUCUGGAGACAUGUCUAUGAGUGUGAGCUGAGAAUCAAAGCUAGUGAAAGGCCAGUGCUGCUGACUGAAGCCCCACUCAAUCCUCUACAGAACCGGGAAAAAAUGACAGAGAUCAUGUUUGAAGGCUUUAUGGUGCCAGCUAUGUAUGUUGCAGUCCAGGCAACUCUGGCUCUCUAUGCAUCAGCACGUACCACUGGAAUAGUCAUGGACAGUGGGGAUGGCGUUACCCACACUGUCCCCAUAUAUGAAGGAUAUUGUUUACCCCAUGCUGUCUCCAGGCUGGAUAUUGCUGGCCGGGAUAUCACUGAAUAUUUUAUGAGGCUCCUUUUGGAGAGCGGGCACUCUUUUGUUAGCACAGCUGAAAGGGAAAUUGUGAGAGAUAUCAAGGAGAAGUUGUGCUACGUGGCUUUAGACCCCAUCCAAGAAAUGAAAACAAAACCAGAAGAAAUCAUGAAAGAAUACAGACUGCCUGACGGCAAUAUCAUUAAGAUAGGCAAUCAGCUCUUUCGUGCCCCAGAGACCCUUUUUAUGCCUGCAAACAUUGGAGUUGAAGCCCCUGGCGUGCACAAAAUGAUCUUCAAUAGUGUCAUGAAAUGUGACAUUGAUGUGCGCAGGAAUCUUUAUGGCAACAUCCUGCUCUCAGGUGGGUCCACUCUCUUCCCUGGCCUGGAUGAGCGGAUCCUGAGGGAGAUGCAGCUGCAAGUGCCUCCUGGCAUUUCUGUGAGGAUCAUUGCCCCCCCUGAGAGGAAAUACUGUGUGUGGAUUGGGGCUUCCAUCCUCACCUGCCUGACAUCUUUCAAACAAAUGUGGGUCACUGUGAGUGAUUACAAGGAUUUUGGGGCAGCCGUAGUCCACCGGAAAUGCUUUUAA